AUGGGUCAGCGGAUAAAUGGAAGUAAAUUGGCGCGUAAUAGCAGAGGAUUCCGAGGUUAUAUGGCGAACUUGAAAGAACACCAGGAACAAUCAAGAAGCAGUUCAUUGCCGGCCACCGCUGAUCUCGACGGCACCUUUGUCACUUGUGAUAAGCCUUUCGAGACCUUGCCCGAGAAGACGAGCGCCGAGCGCAGUCUGAGUUACAAGUGGACAGACAACGGGAAUUGGGGCAAGCUAGGGGAGGUCAUGGUCUUUCCAAUAGCGACGUCGCUCACAACCAAAGACACUUGCGCCACGGGCGGCUCCUCGGCUAGUGGAAGAGGAUUGCGUUGUUCUCUUCCCUGCGACCUGAUCAGUUCCGGUUGGCUCGAGACGAUGAACCUCUACGGAAAGUCUCGCCAUCGUUUCAAGGGCGGUGAUGGCGAUGGUGGCCCGCGAGAGGAAGAAUGGCUGGCAGCGGAGUCCAAGGGCUUGGAUUGGGAGAAGUAG